GGCUUGCGAUCAGCCGACCAUAACAAAGUUUCCUAUUCCGAACUAUAUAAACCACACUAAUACAUAUCCUCUUUGUAAUAACUCUCUCCUGCACUGCGAACAAGCGUUCCUUGCUCUUCAAGAAUCUCAUGCUUUCACUCUCCUUCUCUCUCUAGGGUUUUCUCUCCAAAACCCUACUCCGCCCGCUUUAUCUCUCUCUCUCUAUAUAUAUUACAUAUCUCUUUCUCUGUAAUUCGCAUCUUCUAGUGUUUUCAGAGUAACAUUGGAAAAAAUGGGGUUCCGCAGAGGUGAUCAGGUUGAAGUUGCGAGUAAAGAGGAAGGGUUUCUUGGUUCGUACUAUGCUGCGACAGUGAUCGUAGAGAUUCUCAAGAAGGAAUACAUUGUGCAGUACCGGUCCCUGUUGAAAGAUGAUAUGUCCGGACCCUUGAGAGAGAUUGUCACCGCCGGCGAGGUCCGCCCGCGCCCACCUCAAAUUCCGGCGACUUCCUUUGGUUUGUACGACAACGUCGAUGCGUUUGACAACGAUGGUUGGUGGGUCGGAAAGAUUACUGGCAAAGUUGGGUUGGAGUACUUGGUUUAUUUUGAGACCACAGGGGAUCAGAUCGCUUACCCAAUGAGUCGGUUGAGGGUUCAUCAGGAAUGGCUGAAUGGCAAGUGGGUUUCUACCAAUAGGAGGUUCUGAAGUAGCAGUGAUGGGUCUACAGAAGCUUGGUAGAGUAAGAAUGCCCAAACAGAAACAGGAGGAUUGAGGAAUAUGGAUGGAGCACCAGUAGCAUAGCAGACACAUGGAUCAUCUAUCUCUCACGGGGCUUUAAAUUAAAAGGGUUACCAUUAUUAUGUACUCUCUUGUUAGUAUGGAGUGUCAAUAUUCUGUUCAACUCAUUUGUAGGAAUUAUGUGAGUUAUGAAGCUGCUGUAUAAACUACGUACAUUGGUUAUUUCUGCCCUCCUCCUCCUUUUGGGAGAAGACUGAUUAGUCUAAUUUCACUUGUUUACUUC